AUGAUCGAAAAAUAUAAAUCGUGUAAGUGUUUUGACAGUUUUAAAAUGGCGGACGCAGCUCCAGCCGGUGGACGUGGCGGUUUUCGCGGAGGCUUUGGUUCUCGUGGUGGCGAUAGAGGUCGUGGAGGCCCGCGUGGCCGUGGACGUGGGCGUGGGCGCGGUCGCGGUCGCGGCAAAGAAGACCAGAAAGAGUGGGUGCCAGUCACUAAACUAGGACGCUUGGUGCGAGAAGGGAAAAUUGACAAGCUCGAAAGCAUUUAUCUGUUCUCUUUGCCCAUCAAAGAAUUUGAAAUAAUUGAUUUCUUCCUUGGCGCUUCUUUGAACGAUGAAGUUCUUAAGAUUAUGCCUGUGCAGAAACAGACGCGUGCCGGUCAACGCACGCGCUUUAAGGCGUUUGUAGCCAUUGGAGACAACAAUGGACAUAUUGGGCUUGGUGUUAAAUGUAGCAAGGAAGUAGCCACUGCCAUUAGAGGCGCGAUUAUACUUGCUAAAUUAUCAGUUCUUCCCGUCCGUAGAGGAUACUGGGGUAAUAAAAUUGGAAAACCUCACACUGUGCCGUGCAAGGUCACUGGAAAGUGUGGAUCGGUUACCGUGAGAUUGAUACCUGCACCCCGUGGUACCGGCAUUGUAUCUGCUCCAGUUCCUAAAAAACUACUCCAGAUGGCUGGUGUUCAAGAUUGUUACACUUCUGCUCGUGGAUCUACUGGUACAUUGGGAAAUUUUGCCAAAGCAACCUAUGCUGCAAUAGCUAAGACCUACGCCUACUUGACACCAGACUUAUGGCGAGACAUCCCAUUGACCAAGUCACCAUAUUCUGAAUUAAAAGUCUAA